AUGAAGCGUUUUGAGCAAUCCGUCCGACGAUAUCUAGAAAGGACUGUACCUCGCCUCAUGCUAGUACUUGAUCCUGUGCCGGUAGUGAUCGAAGAUGCUGAGGACCAAGCCUCGGGGGCUGUCAAGGAGAUCAAGGCUAUCUUUGAUAAAGAUGCUAAGAAGCCCAAAACAUAUAUCCAGUGGGUACCUGAGGGCUCACUUGCAGCUGAGGUUCGCAUCCACAAAAACUUAUUCAAAUCAGAACAGCCCUCGUCGGCGCCUGGCGGGUUUAUGGACGACAUCGUCCCUGAUAGCGAGACAAUCUGGCCAAACGCCAUGAUCGAAGCCGGCUUCCACGAGGUGCGCCGUCGAGUACCGUGGCCAGAAGCGGAGGGCGAGAAGACCGGUGACUCUGGGCCUGAGAGUGUGCGUUUCCAGGCUAUGCGUGUUGCCUACGUCGCGCUGGACUCAGAUAGCACGGAUGGUACUAUUGUGCUUAAUCGUAUUGUAACUUUGAAAGAGGAUGCUGGGAAAAGCAUCUAG